AGGCUUCUUCUCGAAGACGCAUAUAUGAGCCGGCUGACAUCCCGCGUCUGUUCUUCCGUGGCCCGCUUGAAGCGCUCAACACCAUGCUGCUUUGUACCGCUCUUGCCGUUCUCUCUCUCUUGGCGCAGGCUGCGGCGGCCGUCAAGCGCGAUGUCGACACUACGCAAUAUUACGAUCCUCUUGCGAUUAUGGCUGCGUCGGAGGCCAGUUCGAAGCUGCCAGCGGACCAACUCGAGUUCACGUUGUCCGGCGGCCAAGGAUACCCCAAUCCGUACAUGAUGCAGAGGAUUGGUACCACUGGGCCGGGCCUGAUCCAGGACGUGAACUUGAUCGAACAUCUUGCCCACUUCGUCCGCGAGCGAGUGCCAGAACGCACGAUUCAUUCUAAAGGCGCCGGAGCUCAUGGGUAUUUCGAAGUGACCACUGACAAUGGCUCCCUGUACACCAUGGCGGAUAUGUUCAUUGGAAUUGGCAAGAAGACCCCCGUCACGAUGCGUCUCUCAACCAUUGCUGGGUUGUCUGGUCAAUCUGAUUCCGUGAGGGACUUGCGUGGGUUAGCCAUGAAGUUCCGAACGUCGCAGGGAAUACUCGAUUGGGUUUUUCUCAAUCACCCGGUCUUUUGGCUGCGUGAUCCUGCUAAAUUCCCUCAUUUCAUCCACUCCCAGAAGCGGAAUGUUUCGACGCAUUUGAUCGACUACAACAACUUUUGGGAUUACCUCUCCGCCAACAAUGAGACGAUCCAUCAGGUGAUGCGCACGUUCUCUGACCUUGGCACCCCGUAUGGAUUCAGGCACAUGGAUGGGUUUUCGGGGAACACGUUCCGGCUCGUGAAAGCUGACGGCACCUGGAACUACGCGAAGUUCAAUGUCAUUUCAGACCAAGGAAUUAAAAAUAACACCCUGGCCGAGGCUACCACUAUGUCUGGAGUGAACGCCGACUUUGGCAUCCAGGACCUCUACGAGAAUAUUGCAGCAGGAAAUUAUCCCAGUUGGACUGUUUAUUUCCAGGUUAUGGACCCUCAAACGGCUAUGAAUUUCACCUAUAAUGUGUUCGAUUUGACAAAGGAGUGGUAUCCUGAGACCGUGCCGCGAAUUGAGGUGGGACGCAUCGUUCUCAACCAGAACCCAACGAACUAUCACCAGGAGGUGGAGCAGAUUGGAUUUGAUCCUGCCCAGAUGCCUCCUGGAAUCGAACCGAGUGAAGAUCCUGCUCUCCAAGCUCGGAUGUUCGCUUACGGAGACGCUUCUCGCGCCCGCAUCGGUAUCAAUCACAAGCAGCUUCCCAUUAACUGCCCUCUGAACCCGGUUGCCAACUUCCUUCGCGAUGGCGCUAUGGCAAUCAACAACCAGGGCAGUCGUCCGGAUUACAUGUCGACCAUCCAGCCCAUGAACCUCGAAGUUCGUCCUUACAACGAUGACAACCAUACGAUCUGGGUCGGUGGUGCGGUAAAAUACCUCAGUCAGCCUACGGAGAUCGAUUACGCCCAGCCCAGAAUCUUUUGGAACAGCCUUUCCGAUAUGGACCAAGAUCACCUGAUCACCAACGUCGUCAGUCAUCUCGGCAUGGUCACCGAUAUGACCGUCAAAUACCGACAGCUGUGGCAUUUCAAUCACGUGAAUACUACCCUUGGGCAAGCUCUUGCCGCAGGCAUGAACAUGACGAUCCCAUGGCAGUGGACGUAGUCAAGUGUUGUUGGGCGCGCAUUCUCCUGUCUUGGCUAUUUCCAAUUGGGCUUGGAGCCCCGGACUCUCAUCUUUUCGAAUUUCUUCUUGUGCCGUAUUCAUGUACGCGCAAACAACUUCUUCAUUCUUAGACUUCUUCCCACCCAGUACUGUGUACUUGCGGACCACAAGUUAGCCCUUAGACUUCUUCGCUGUAUUCACGUACAUGCAAACAAAAUUUGAACUCGU